AUGGCGGACGGCAGCGUUGGCCCGGCUCUGCACACGUGUGCGAGCUUCGAGUCGAUGCCUCGCAGCGUCGGCUGCGGCAUCGCGCGCUCCCUCGCGUCGCUGCUUCCCACCAAGGUGGCGCUGCUGGCCGCCCUCCCCUUCGGCCUCGCCGCCGCGGCAGAGGUCGCCCUCCACCCGCCGAGCGGGCGGCUGCUCGUGACCACUAGAGGCGUGCCACGAGGCGGCUCGCUCCGCGGACUCGACCCGCAAAGUCUCGCCUCGCUGCAGGACAUCGCGGCGGGCGACUCGCCACGCUCGUUUACCUUUGAUCGCGCGGGCAGCACACUCAUCGCUUGUGUCAAGGGCGGGCUCGAGACCUAUCGGGUGGCGCCGGACGGCGAGGUGUCGAGCCGCACGGUCAGCGGCCUCCCGGAGGGGCUGCACGGGCUCGAGGUGGACUGCGUGGAAUGUGUUGAGAGAAGCGCAUGA